AACAAACCUACUUCUAAACUUCCUUUGCUUCUGCUACGGCGAACAAGUCCUCUUUUUCGUAUUUUUUAUGUAAGCAGUAUGGUAAUCAGAAGGAAAGUUCAGCAACAGCUACAGGGAGUGUAUAACUUUCCAAAUGGAAUGAGGAAAUGGUUCAAAUGGAAAUAUGGACAAAUACUCCUGACGUUGAAAGCAAUCUUCUACAACGAAUUCAUGAACUCGAGUUAUGCGUCAGAGGUUGUGAUGGAACCUAUGGUGUGGGUUGUGGAUCAUUUCUCCAAAGCACUGGGUCCGGUGAGUAUUGUGAAUGCAAACUGUUAUUGUCAUAGUGUACUUCUGUUGUCAAGUGUGCAUUGUCAUAGCCAUUGCAACUAUGAUUAUCAUUGUCUUUAUCAUUGUAUACCAAGGAGAAUGCCAUAG